GUAAGUGGGGCGGGCCGUGCCGCCACCCCAUUGGGCUAGCCCGCACCGCGAGCCCGCAUAGCGCCGCAAAUCAGCCCACUUCGAUGAAGCGGGUCCAUGCGGGCAAGCUAGGAGUUCCAGCGGCACCGUGAGCCCGCAAAGCUGCACGAGAGGAGCCCCGCAUAGCGCCAUGGGAGAAGUCGCCGCCGUCCAUGGCUGAGGCGCACCCUUGCCGCCGGCCUCCCCUGGGCCCUGGCUCUGCUGCCUCAUCAACCGCCCCAAUCGCCUGCGAGCCCUCCAUGGCCACCCUUGCUCAGCAGGAUCUUCCGCCAAGUCGGUCGGCUACGCGCCCUUCGCCGCCAACCACGGUGUUGUGCUCCACCUCCCCCACUGCCGCCGCUCCUCCUCCUCCUUCCUCUGCUGCCGUCUCACCGAAGAUCCCCGGGGGGAAUCGAGCGAAGGCAUCGGAUGCAAAACGGUUCAGCUCACCAAUAAUACCAAUGGUCGUGAAGUCACCAGGGAUAAGGCUAAUGUUGUCGCCAAGGCUUAGGUCUCCAUCCCCAAUGUCAAUAUCUUCUUCUCGCCAGAAAGCAAGUAAUCCUAGUCAUGGAUCUUCACGUAAAAAUAGAAGACGCAAACUUAGAUCUGACAUAUGGAUUGAUUUUGAGCCUAUAUAUGACAGUCAGACUCUUGUGCAAGCUAAGUGCAAGCAUUGCAACAAAUUAUUCAAAUCUACUCGAGAUGUUGGCACAAGUGCUUGUCGUAGGCACUUGAAAAGUUGUGAUGGAAAAACUAGAUUGGAUCGUAUGCUUGCUCAAAUGAACUCUAAUAAUGAUGCUUCUUUGAAAGAUUGGAAAUUUGAUCAAGAAGUAUCUCGACUGGAAUUGGUUAAGUUGAUUGUUGUGCAUGAAAUGCCUUUUAGCUUAGUUGAGUACCCAAAAUUCAGAAGCUUUGUUGCUAGCCUAAAUCCUUGGUUCACACUAGUUUCUAGAACUACCAUCAAGGCUGAUUGUGUUAGUACAUAUGGGGAAGGGAAGGUAGUCCUACGAGAGAUUUUAAAGAAAUCAACUUCUAGAGUUUCUCUCACGGCUGAUUUAUGGACCUCGAAUCAAACUCUAGGCUAUUUGUGUGUCACAUGUCACUAUAUUGAUGAUGACUGGAGAAUUCAUAAAAGGAUCAUAAAAUUUACUCUCGUAGAGACACCUCAUGAUGGUAGAACCAUGUUUAAUGCAAUGUUAAGGAGUCUCCAGGAUUGGAAUAUAGAAGAUAAAGUCUUUGCAUUAACAUUAGACAAUGCAACAGUAAAUGAUUCUUUUGUGAGGUCAUUGCAAGAAAAUCUUGUAGCCAAGCGAUUGCUAGUUUGCAAAGGAGAAUUAUUUCAUUAUCGAUGUGCUGCACAUGUCUUUAAUCUCAUAGCUCAAGAGGGUUUAAAGGCUAUUAGUGGUGCUACCUACAACAUCAGAGAAAGUGUAAAGUAUGUUAAGAGUUCCCAAGCUCGCAAGCAGAGAUUUGAGAAAAUGGUUGAGCAAGUGGGCAUAUAUGAGAAGCGCCCCCCUCUUGAUGUAGCCACCCGUUGGAAUUCAACAUAUAACAUGCUCCUAACAUCUUUGUUGUAUAAGAGGGCAUUUGAGGCUUUGAGUCGAGAGGACACUCAGUACAUAUAUGAGCCUUCAGAUGAGGAAUGGAACAUGGCUGACAAGCUUUGUGGUUUGUUGAAAGUAUUCUCCGAUGCCACUAAAGUAGUAUCGGGCUCAAAAUACCCCACUGUGAGCUGCUACUUCCAUCAUGUUUGGGAGGUGAAGAAAAUGCUAGAAAGAGAGUCGUCAAAUCCAGACUUGGUUAUUGCAACUGUGGUACAUGAGAUGCGGCAAAAACUAAAAAAAUAUUGGGAUAUGUCAUUCUUGAAAAUUUGCAUUCCUGUUGUUUUUGAUCCUCGGUUUAAGUUAAAGUUUCUUGAGUUUCGCUUGAGGCAGGGCUUUGAGGGUACAACAUCUAGUUGUCUUUCCAUAAUUGAGAAGACAACUAGAAAGCUCUUUGAUGAAUAUUCCUUACAAAUGGGUGAUUUAGUCAUUGAGAAUGCACAAACAAACAACAAUAAUGAGUUAAAUGUUGAUGAAAGUGGCCCAUGGGCAGAUUGGAGCCAACAUCAAAGUGCGCAGCAAAUAAAAAGAGUUAGUGAGCUAGACAAGUAUUUGGAAGAAGAAACUGUGCCCGUAGGAGUUGAUUUCGAUAUUCUGCAGUUUUGGAAGAUGUACUCAACUAAGUAUCCUAUACUUGCACGUAUGGCACGUGAUUUGUUGGCAGUCCCAGCAUCAACUGUGGCUUCAGAAUCUGCUUUUUCUACCGGAGAGAGGGUGAUCAAUGACUAUAGGAGCAGGCUAAGCAGCGAUACAAUAGAAGCUCUUAUUUGUCUUCAAGAUUGGAUUAGAGAAAAUGAUACUACUAGUGAUAAUAUAGCAGGAAAUUUGAUGGGAGAUGAUGAUGAAAGUUAAGGUAAUCUUUUUGUCUGAUGCUUCCUGUCAAAGGGAUGUACACAUCUUCAUAUUAGUUAUCUGUGGAUCUUAUUUCAGCAGUUGAGCAAUCUGGACAUCGUCCACUUGAUGUGCGGAUAAGGAUUUCCAAUUCCUUUCAGUUUCAUUUGUCCCUGUGGUAUCUGAGUUUGAAGCUGAUUAGCUGACAACGGUUCUCAUUUGGUCAUGCACAUUCAGACAUGUUUUGACUCUGUUUUGCUGCUGUUGUUGAUCAGCUCUUGUCUCUUACUACUGAUGCAAUGUGUACACAGUUGAGGAUAUUUUUGCUGCUGUUGUUGAUCAGCUCUUGUCUCUUACUACUGAUGCAAUGUGUACACAGUUGAGGAUAUUUUUGCUGCUGUUGUUGAUCAGCUCAUUUGGUCAUGCACAUUCAGACAUGUUUUGAUUCUGUUUUGACUUAUGAUUAAUAUGUUAUUUUGGUAAUUCAACUCGUUGUGACUGUUUCUUGAGUUGUAAUUUACAAC